ACUGAGGCAGUCGAAAUGACAAUCAAUUUAGGCGCGAGAAGUGUUAUCGCUGUUUCCCUAUUUUAGUUUUACCGCCUCUCUCUCUUCACCGUCAGAUUCGAAAUCGACGCAGCCAACGAAGAAACCCAAGAGCGAAUCGUGUUCCGUAGCGUCACCGAUAUUCCAAGUGAGGAGAAGAAAUGGAACCACCACUUCGAGCUUCAGGAGGAGCUGAAGUACUUAAAAAUAUGUCUCCUGGAUCAUCAAUUUCUGUUGCAUAUCACCCUCUUUUUGGACCUCAUGAUGAUCUCAUCUUUCUAGAGCUUGACGAGAAACUUCUCCCAGAUCUUCUGCAUGAAAGGGUGGUCUUAAGAGGACAGCCUGAAGAGGAUGCAUUUCUUUGUACUCCAUCCAAAACAUAUGCUAUGAAGUUUGUUGGAACUUCCAAUUCUGUUUUGCUUGUACCACCAGCUAAUCAAUCAGAAUAUUGUGACAAUCUACAAAAGAAUGAUAGUAAUAGUUAUGAGGAGAAAGUUGUUGCACCUGUAAUCAAAGUUGUCCCUGGCAGUAUGGAGCUUGUUGAGGUUGCGCCAAGACUUGAUAAACUUAAAUUGCUUCUUUCAGAGAACCCUUACAGGUUGGAGGAGAAUGACAUGGAAAAUUUAGAAGAGAAUGAAGCACCUAUAACUGGAUUAUAUAGCUGGAAUGAUCUCAUAGACAAUAUUCAAGCUAGUGAUGAGGAAUUAAGGUCUGGACUGCAGGCUAUUUCAGCUGUGGAGAUUAAUGGGUUUUGGAGAUUAGUAGAUGAGAGUUACAUGGACAUGAUUCUGGGAAUACUUUUGAGAAAUUCAGUGUUGAAUGACUGGUCAUUUGAUGCUCUUAAUGAAGAUGAAGUUAUGACAACGCUGGAAUCCGAUGGAUUUCCUAGAGUACUUGCAAGGCAUUGUUUGCGUGUAUAUGGUGAGAAGGUAAAUGAUUUCAUAAACAGCUGUGUCUGGAAGUUGGAUGAGAAGAAGGUAUGCAUACAUUAUGCUAAAAAAAUCCUUAAAGGAGGUAAGAGGAAGUUAGAGAGUUUUAUGGAUGAAUGGAGGCAGAUAACUCCAGAUGGAAUGCAGCCCACGUUUGAUCUAGUGAAAGGAGAGGUAUUGACAGAGAAAGUUGGAGUUGACACAUGGGUUCACGCCUUCAGUGUCUCUUCGCUGCCUUCCACUCCAGCUGAACGUUUCUCCAUUCUUUUCAGAGAGCGGCCGAAAUGGGAAUGGAAAGAUCUGCAGCCAUAUAUCAGUGAUCUAAGUGUACCGGGUCUUUCUUCAGAAGGUUUGCUACUCAAAUACACUCGAAAGACACAGCCAUCGCCUGAUAUGGAACCAGUUUUCAGUGCAAGAUAGUAUGUACUUGCGCAUCUCUCAGUCACUAUUGCUUUACCCUCAUUUGGACUGGCCACGUCCAUAGUACUCGCAUAUAUAAAUUUUGAAUUACCUUGUAUUUCAACCUUUUCCAGUUAUUUUCAUGCACAUUUCAUUUAGAUAUCCAUACUGGAUAGCAUAGUUUACAAUUUAGGACAAGCAAAGCAGAAAGAACUGCUAGAAUGAUGAGCUUCGUGUCUUCCCUUGCAUAUUUGGAAAUUACUGAUGGCUUCUAAAAUGUAGAUCUACCCAAAUAUUGAGACUUGAAAGAAAUUUAUAUGUGGUUAAGCUAUUUGCUUUUGUAACAGAACUGGAUUGCCUAGUUCACUGCAUCAUAAAUAGAUAGUGCGUAAUUGAGUAACUUAUUUUGAAUAGAAUUUUUAUUUUCUAAAACAUUAAUCUGCAUCAAAGAUUGUUUUCACUUGUGGCGAGCUGCUUGUAUUGGAUUUUAAAAACAACCUAAAAAACAGAAAGAACUCUUGAGUUCAGUGCAGUAAACAUGUAUCUGACAUGCCAAUCUUUAAGCUGAGAUGUAUCUUCUGUUUGUAAAUGUAUGAGCUUUCUCUAAAAGAGAUUGGUACAGCCUUGGAUUGUGUUUGUUUGGAUUUCAGUUUAUUUUUCUUGCUGCACUUGUAAGUUGAUUCUUUACACUUGUU